UCUCUCUGCGAGCUGUGAUUGGUGGAGCCGUCACUGUCGCUCGGCUCCCUAAAUUUGUCUACUCUCCUUUGAGCUCUCUCCCGGGGGUGUUCUGCGGGUGGUUCUGGCCGCCCGGUAGUUUUGUGGAAGUCACAUUGGUGCUGGCAGGUCUCAACAUGUGGCAAGUCCUGAAAUGGCGGAAAUACAAUGCAGUAUAUAACCAUUUUGUCCGCGGUCACCAUAAAGCUGUGCUAGCUAUAAGAAGGGAAGACAUCAAUGUCUGGGAGAGGAGAGCACCUCUUGCUCCAAAGCAUGUAAAGGAGCUUACAAACCUUGGCUACAAGGUCCUGGUGCAGCCAUCAAACAGAAGAGCUAUCCAUGAGAAGGACUAUAUCAAAGCUGGUGGAAUCCUUCAGGAAGACAUCUCAGAAGCAUCACUAAUUGUUGGUGUGAAGAGACCACCAGAGGAAAAACUAAUUCCGAAAAAGACUUAUGCUUUUUUUUCUCAUACUAUAAAAGCUCAAGAGGCAAAUAUGUCCUUGCUGGAUGAAAUUUUGAAACAAGAAAUUCGACUCAUUGAUUAUGAAAAAAUGGUGGAUCAUAGGGGAAUGCGAGUUGUGGCCUUUGGACAGUGGGCUGGUGUAGCAGGAAUGAUCAACAUGUUGCAUGGGUUGGGCCUGAGAUUUCUUGCUCUGGGACACCACACUCCUUUCAUGCACAUAGGUAUGGCUCAUAACUACCGAAACAGCAGCCAAGCUGUCCAGGCUGUGAGGGAUGCAGGGUAUGAAAUAGCUCUUGGCUUGAUGCCCAAAUCUAUUGGACCUUUGACCUUUGUGUUUAGUGGGACAGGCAAUGUUUCAAAGGGAGCUCAAGAAAUAUUUAAUGAACUGCCCUGCGAGUUUGUGGAACCUCAUGAGCUAAAGGAAGUUUCCAAGACCGGAGAUCUCAGGAAAGUGUAUGGAACUGUAUUAAGUCGUCAUCACCACCUUGUAAGAAAAACGGAUGGAGUCUAUGACCCCAUAGAAUAUGACAAGAAUCCAGAACUUUACACAUCAAGGUUUAAUACUGAUAUUGCACCGUACACAACUUGCUUGAUUAAUGGAAUAUAUUGGGAUCCACAUACUCCCCGUCUGCUCAGCAGACAGGAUGCUCAAAGGCUUUUAGCGCCUGUUAAGUCUACUGCAGUUGUAACAGAAGGAUGCCCAGAACUACCACACAAACUUUUAGCCAUUGGUGAUAUCUCUGCAGACACUGGGGGAUCCAUAGAAUUCAUGACUGAAUGUACAACAAUUGAUACACCAUUUUGCAUGUAUGAUGCUGACCAGCAUAUCAUCCAUGACAGUGUUGAAGGAAAUGGGAUUCUGAUGUGCUCCAUUGAUAAUUUGCCUGCCCAGCUUCCAAUUGAAGCUACUGAAUAUUUUGGAGACCUGUUGUUUCCAUACAUUGAGGAGAUUAUAAUGUCAGAUGCUACCAAACCAAUUGAUCAAGAAAAGUUUUCUCCUGUUGUUGGAACCGCAGUGAUCGCAAGCAACGGCUCAUUAACUCCUAAAUACAAGUACAUACAGAAGCUGAGGGAGAGCAGAGAGUAUGCCCAGCUUAUGACUGUAAGCUCAAAGAAGAGGAUUCUGGUGCUUGGAUCCGGCUAUGUUUCAGAACCUGUCAUAAGUUAUCUUACUAGAGAUCGGAAUGUUGAAGUUACUGCAGUGUCCAUGAUUAAAGAUCAAGUGGAUCAUUUAUCAAAGAAGUAUAACAACACAACCCCACUGGAGAUGGACGUCUUCAGGAGUGAAGAGAAACUGUCUUCUUUAAUCAAGAAACAUCAGCUUGUUAUCAGUUUACUGCCUUAUUCUGCGCAUCCAUUAGUGGCAAAGAAAUGCAUUAAAAAUAAGGUGAACCUGGUAACUGCCAGCUACUUGACACCCUCCAUGAGAGAACUCCAGCAAAGUGCGGAGGAUGCUGGUAUCACAAUUGCCGGUGAAAUGGGUUUGGAUCCAGGUCUUGACCAUAUGUUGGCUAUGGAAUGCUUUGAUAAAGCUAAAGAUGUUGGAGCAAAGGUGGAAUCCUACAUAUCUUUUUGUGGCGGUCUUCCAGCCCCUGAGUGUUCUGACAACCCACUGAGAUAUAAGUUCAGCUGGAGCCCUCUGGGUGUUCUCCUUAACACAAUACAACCUGCCACCUAUUUAAAGAAUGGAGAGAUUGUUAAUAUUGCAGCUGGGGGUGCACUUCUUGAGUCUGUCACAAACAUGGACUGGUUUCCUGGCUUAAAUUUAGAAGGCUUCUCCAACAGGGAUAGUACAAAAUAUGCUGAACCCUAUGGGAUUCACUCAGCGCAUACCUUAAUGAGAGGAACACUGAGAUAUAAGGGAUUUGCUAAAGCAAUGAGUGGGUUUGUGAAGUUGGGAUUAAUAAAUGCUGAUCCCUGUCCAUUGCUAGCUAAAGAUACACCAUUAAUAACAUGGAAGGAGCUCCUCUGCCAUCUGCUAAAGAUUCCAGUCACAAGCAGUGUGGACCAUGUUAAAGAAGCUGUGUAUAAUAAAGUAGGGAAGGAUGACAGAAACAUGGAGGUUGUCCAGUGGUUUGGAUUAAUUAGUGAUGAACCAGUGCCUGUAGCAGAUUCCAUUGUUGGAGCUCUAGCUAAACAUUUGGAGAUGAUGCUUUCUUUUGGUCCUGGAGAGCGUGAUAUGAUUGUCAUGAGAAACGAUGUGGAAAUCAGGCAUCCAUCUGGACAUCUGGAGUCCAAAAACAUUAGCUUGGUUGUUUAUGGAGAGGUCAAUGGCUACUCUGCUAUGGCAAAAACCGUGGGAUACCCGACAGCAAUUGCUGCCAAAAUGGUUUUGGAUGGUGAAAUUGAAAGCAAAGGCUUGGUGAUCCCAUUAACCAAGAAUAUCUAUGGACCAAUCUUAGAGCGAGUUACAGAAGAAGGCAUUUUCUACAACACAAAGAGUACAUUUUCACUUUAAUUGCUGCAAAAAAUGUGCACCGAUAUAGUACACUGGAUUACACUUCAUCAGUGUAUGUGUGGAUGGUAAACCUAAAGAAAGACAAUGUGAGAGUGGAAAUCUAUACCAAACGUUGUUAUAAUCCUGUGUACUGUUGCACUGUAAAAUUGGAACAAACAGAGUGAUUCACAAGUCUCCAUGCAUAGGUAAUAUGUUAGGCCUCAUUUAUUAAACCUUGCCUAGGGCAGUCAUAGUAGAGAAUUCAUUUUAAAAACAUAGAAAUUAAGCUGAACACUGGUUGCAAUAGGCAACAAGGCCAGCCUUAUGACUUAA